AGAUUAUUACUUUUAUUUAGCUAAAGCACCUGAAUCAGCAUUCAAAUAACUCUAGACUAGACCAGAGAGUGUCCUCUUCGACGCAACUCCAACAUGGCGUUGAUGUUAUUCGGGACAAUAGCGAUACUUGUUCUGAUUUCAACGACACUGUCGCAGGAGCAUAACUUAAAGCCACCGUAUUUUGCGACCGGCAAGCCCCCGAUUCUUCAAGCUGAAAACGCGACUGCACAAAAGGAUGAUAAACUUCACAUUUUCUCGAUAUGUCCGGAUAACUUCGCAGCUUGCCUGAAAGGAUGCCCGUAUAAUAUAUCUCGUGUUAGACGGUGUAUUACUUGCAAUUGCCAAGGGAUUCCAUCGGUUGGAAGUGGAGGAAUGUCGCAUGGUCUUAACUUUACAGGAACAAAAAUGAACAUGAGUGUUAGUGGCCAACAACCAAAAUUUGUUCGCAAGAUUGCGGUUGGACCUGUCACCCUAUUCAUUGGUAGUUACGAUUCCACUUGGUGGAAACAUGCAUUUCCAGGGGCUCAAAUCUUAAAACAAGGUAUUUCCGGACAUCCGUACGUUCUCUAUGACAUAAAGAAAAACAAUGUGACCGAUGAAGACAGCCUAAUGUACGUGAAAGAGUACCUUCGUGACGCGAAUUUUUCUCAUCGACCGAUAGUUCUUCCCGUGGCAUUUUUGAAACCAAAAAGUGGCGUGGCAUCUAGUUUUGACGCUUUCAAAAGACAGAUGCACCAGGGUGUACUUCACUUACCCUUUAAAGUGAAUGCUUCAAAGACACAUCCUCUUCCAGCUGUUGCUUUUCCAAAUUGCAUGUUAAUGAUGAAUGAUUCGGAUUUGGUGCAAAAUAAAACGAUGUUGUAUCUUUUAACACGGCUUUUCUCAAAUCCAUCCGUUUCCCUGCAGAUUGGUAAAAUUAUUCAAAAACUUUCACCCGGGAAAUAUCUCAAUCUUACCAAUGUGAUGUCUUGUGUGAACAAAACGAGCGAGUUUAUGGGCAACGGUACAAAAAUGAACAUAGAAAAGAGGAUUCUGAAAUUUUUGAAUCGAUUUUCUGCUUUACAAGGAAAUCAUUCAUUCUCAAAGCUACUUGAACAAAUGAACGGCACCUUAUUUGCAAGCAAUUGUAGUGAUUACAAUAGAAACAAAACUCUUAGAUUUCGCGUAUUUAUUCAGAAAAUGCAUAACGCAAGUCUAAGGAACAGUGAUGCAGAAAAACUGGAUUCGUUUAGGCGUCUUUUGGUUGAAAUUCAUAAACUCGAUCUUAAUGUUACCACAUUUGUCUGUAUCAAAGAACAUGUACGGCAUUCAUUGAUGGAAUUUCUCAAACAUCUAGUUGAAGCAUUAGGAAACGGUGACCCGACUAUCACACCUUUACCGAUUGCAAAUAAAGAACAAAUGCUUGCCGAUAUAAUAAACCGCUAUACAAACGGUAACGUUACUUUUGAUACUGUUCUCCAAGCACUGAAAAACGUAAGAGGGCUAGACAAGGAACAUUACUUAAGUUAUACAAACUUUGUGGAACUGAUUAAAAGGCUAAUACAGAUUUCAGGAAACAGUUUAAAAUAUUCCAGGCCAAUGAUUUCAGAUCUUAUAAAGGAUGAUAUGAAGUUUAAAGAUGCCAUCAUGGAUUUUUAUGAUAUUCAUACUGAAAUCUUAAAACCUGGUGUCGGCGGUAUAAAAGAAUUGCUCUCUAGUUUAAUGAAGAUUAUUAGCGGUUCAUAUGAAGCGAGCGACCUAUCUAAAGCGAGCUACCCAUCUGAAGAAUCAAAAACAUACAAUCCCCGACUGGUUGCAAAGGUUAUACAAAAAUAUUCGAAAGAAUUCGGUAACUUUUUAACCUCUUUGAAGAUGGUUAUGGGAGAUGCUCUUUCACAUCCCAAAUAUGUUUCAACUGCACUCAACGAUUUUGAAAAUUUGAUUGAAAAACUGAAAACUUAUGCAUCCAUAUCGAAUGAGAAUGAUUUGACUGAAAAGCUUGCAAGUUUUGUUCGUAGUCAAAGUGAUUUUAUCGAUCCUGUUACCGAAUUUCACAAGCAUGCUGAUGUUCUGAAAAGCUCACUCGGCCUGAAUAUUGCAGUAUUAAAAUUUGCGACGGAACUCUGGGAUGCCAUCAAUGCGAAAGUAUUUCUAAAUUCCACAGACCACGCUCGGCACCAAAACGCAACUUUGUCUGAUUGUAUGUUAGAAAACUUAUCCAAUUAUACCAGAACUAUAAAAUUUGUUGAUGUGAUAGAAAACUUGGUAGACAUAUUUUGCAACGCGUCCCAAAAAAAUUUGUCAGCAUCUGUCAAGUAUGAAAUGAAGGAAGAGAAGGAAAAAGAAAUGCCUGAAGCUGAUGAAAUGUUUGAGAUACCUUUUACGGAAGAAAUAAAAACUGAUGGAACUGAUAUCUGCACGACUUUAAAGAGAACCCUGAAUGCCUCUAGCAUGUCACUAAACAUGACGUUGGCAGAAGCAAUUUCAAAAUUCCAACAAUCUGUAACUUCAAUGGUUGAAGCUUCAACAAUGAAUGGGGGAUUCAAUAUGCCUAACAUCGCCGAAAUGCAGCAUGGUAAUAAGCCAGAUGAUAUUCCAGGCUAUUAUGAUAAUUAUAACAAAAGUUUUGAUUUCGCACGAAGUGCGAUAUCGUCCAGUACUGUGACCACGCUUCUGUAA